AUGUGUGAAGUAUUUCAUCACAUCGCCAUGGGGCUACGCGAGUUUAUAUUGGAAUAUUUUCAAGGUUUCUGGGACUAUGAGACCCCCAAGGUGAUGGUUGUUAAAAACACAACUCUUGGAGUCAUAUACAGGACGGUUCAGUUUCUCGUGAUCACCUAUUUCAUCUGGUAUGUGUUUAUAAGUCAGAAAGCAUACCAAGAAAGUGAAACCCGUCCAGAGAGCUCCGUUUACACUCUCAUGAAAGGCUCAGCGGUUCAUGGAGACGAAAUCCUGGACACUGUGGAGUAUGCUCGACCCUCAGAGGGUGGUGAUGUGAUUAGUACAAUACUGAGGCGAGAAUUCACCUACAAUCAGAUGCAGGGCACCUGCGCCGAGUAUUUCAAAGUUCCCAAUGCCAACUGUACAGAAGACUCUGACUGCGUAGCGGGGCAGGUCGACUUUGAUGGCCAUGGCAGACGAACCGGAAGAUGUGUUCAAUACUACAACUACACAUUCAAAACCUGUGAGAUCCAAACCUGGUGUCCUAUAGAGGAGCACGCUGUAGUACGAGAGCCGCCAUUAGUGGAGGCCAUCAACUUCACAGUGUUCAUCAGGAACUCCAUCCACUUCCCCAAAUUUAAAGUGCUGAGGGGAAAUAUUAAGGAUGCCUCAAACAAGCGCGACAUGCAGAAAUACCUCCAUAAGUGUAGCUACCACGAGGAGAAUGAGCCCUACUGUCCAAACUUCCGUCUGGGCUACAUCGCAGAACAAGCAAGAGAGAAUUUCACUGAGCUCUGCAGGACUGGAGGAGUGAUCGGGGUUUUCAUCAACUGGAAUUGUAACCUGGAUCUGGAUCCUUCUCACUGUAAACCCAAAUAUUCAUUCCGUCGUCUGGACCUCCGAAAGGAUCUGGCCAACUCUGGUUACUAUUACAGGUUUGCCAAAUAUUACAGUAAGGAUGGAGUAGAAUCUCGGACACUGAUCAAGGCUUAUGGCAUGCGUCUGGAUAUCAUAGUUCACGGACAUGCUGGUAAAUUCAGUCCGAUUCCAACCAUCAUCAGCACAGUGACGGCUAUGACUUCUGUUGGGAUUUGCACCAUCAUCUGUGACUGGAUCAUGCUGACUUUUAUUGACAAGAAUGAAGUCUACAGUGAGAGGAAGUUUGACGAAGUGAUCAAGGAGCCCACAGAACCCAUGUCCACAGAGCUCAGCUUCAUCAACAGCUACGGCUCAAACCAUUCGGACCUGUCAGACGGCGUGCCGCUGUGA